UUCUCCAGCAGAUUCAGAUUUUUACAGUCCAAUUGUUCCUGACACUUGGAAGACAUGUCAGCUUUGCCUCAGAUCCUCAUCAUGAGUUCUGAGUCAGUAAAGGUGGUGGUCCGUUGCCGCCCAAUGAAUGAAAAAGAACGGGCAAACGAAUUUGAAAGGGUGGUCUCUGUGAAUGUGAAACUGGGCCAAAUUAUUGUCAGGAACCCCAAUGAAGCUUCAGCCAGCAGUCCUCCCACAGUCUUCACUUUUGAUUCAGUCUACAACUGGAACUCCAAACAAAUAGAUCUGUAUAAUAAAUCCUUCAGGCCCCUGGUAAAUUCAGUUCUUCUUGGCUUCAAUGGGACUAUCUUUGCCUAUGGGCAGACAGGUACAGGGAAGACAUACACAAUGGAAGGGUUGAGAAAUGAUCCAGAGAGGAGAGGGGUGAUCCCUAACGCCUUUGAUCACAUCUUCACACACAUCUCACGGUCCCAGAAUCAGCAGUACCUGGUGAGAGCAUCAUAUCUUGAAAUUUACCAAGAUGAGAUCAAAGACUUGCUCUCCAAGGACCAAUCCCAUCGUCUUGAGCUGAGUGAGAGGCCUGACACGGGAGUUUUUGUCAAAGACCUGUCAUCAUUUGUCACAAAGAGUGUGCAAGAGAUCGAGCAUGUCAUGAAAGUGGGCAACCAGAAUCGUUCUGUGGGUGCUACAAACAUGAAUGAACACAGUUCCCGAUCUCACGCCAUUUUCGUCAUCACUGUUGAGUGCAGUGAGCUGGGUGUGGAUGGAGAGAACCAUAUCAGAGUUGGCCAUCUGAACCUGGUAGAUUUAGCGGGCAGCGAAAGGCAGGCCAAAACUGGCGCUGAGGGGGAGAGGCUUAAAGAAGCCACAAAGAUCAACCAGUCGCUUUUUGCUCUGGGGAAUGUCAUGUCAGCUCUGGUGGAUGGCAGGACCAGCCACAUCCCCUACCGAGAUUCAAAACUCACCCGUCUGCUGCAGGACUCCCUGGGGGGCAAUGCCUGCACUGUCAUGGUUGCCAACAUUGGGCCAGCAUCCUACAACAUGGAGGAGACCUUAACAACAUUGCGAUACUCCAACAGGGCAAAGAACAUCAAGAAUAAACCACGCAUCAAUGACGACCCCAAGGAUGCCCUACUGAGGGAGUUUCAGGAGGAGAUCGCCAGGCUGAAGGCGCAGCUGAAGAAGCGCUCAGGGGAAAAAAAGAAGAAGAAGCAGAGAAGGGCUGGGGAAGGGAGCAAUGGUGAGGAUCUGGAAGGAGAGACAGAGGAUGAUGAUGAAGAUGGAGAUGACAAUGGAGAUUACUGGCGGGAGCAACAGCUUAAGCUGGAGAGAGAGAGGAAUGCCAUCAUGGAGGAUCACAGUCUGGUGGCUGAGGAGAAAGUUCAACUGCUCAAGGAAAAGGAGAAGAAAAUGGAAGACUUGAGGAGGGAGAGGGAGGCUGGAGAGUUGAUUGAGGCUAAAGUUAAGGCAAUGGAGAGUAAGCUCCUGGUUGGGGGGGAGAACAUAGUGGAUCACACCAACGAGCAACAGAGAAUGCUGCAGCAGAGGAAGCAUGAAAUCGCUGAAAAGAAAGACAGAGAGCGAGAGAUGCAGCAGCAGAUGGAGUGUCGUGACGAGGAGACUCUGGAGCUGAAAGAGACCUUUACGUCCUUGCAGCAGGUUGUCGACAGCAAAACCAAGAAGCUGAGAAAGGUGUUUGCCAGGUUGCAGGCAAUGAAGGCAGAAAUCCACGACAUCCAGGAGGAACACAGCAAAGAACGCCAGAAGCUGGAACAGAACCAGAAUGACCUCACCAAGAAGCUCAAACUCAAACAUCUGAUCAUUGAGAACUUCAUUCCCCCAGAGGAGAAGAGCGAAUUAGACAGCAGAGUUUACUUUGAUGAAGAGGAUGAGCACUGGAAACUGAAGCCCAUCACGCCUGUACUGAAGCCACCUGACUACGGGAGGCCUCUCUUUUACCACACUUGCUAUCCCAUGACGAAACUUGGCUCGAGAUACAAAGCUGUACACAUCCCGACACUGAAACUGGACCUUCCAACACGGACGACUUUGGACUAUCAGGUGCCGGUGGUCGCCCCAGCGAUGUUAGAAGCUCUGAGGAACGCUCUCAAGAUUGAGGAUGUGAUGGUGAUAGAUGCCUCAGACUGUGAAAGGCCAGCCAGCACCAUCUCCGGCCUCAGGAAAUCAAAGUCUGGUCGAUCAAGAGCUAGCAAGAGGUCGAGCAGCCCCUCCAGUCCAGGACCUCCUCUCUACCCAAAAUGCCGCGGCCUGGUGCCCAAGUGACAGCUUCAGCCACAACUAUCACUACCUCAGACUUAUCAUGCAACUUUUUGUUGAGCUGUUUAUUUUUGUCCAGACUACAGAAUCUGGAAUUCUGUAAACGUUAAAGAAUCAGUAAAGAAUGUUUAUACUAAUGCUGCUUUGUAGGUUUUAACUGAAGCCACACCAUUAUGAACUGUUUCCUUUGAAGAUUUGAGUUGAUACAAGCUUAUAAAGUUCAUGUGCCCUGCAACGCCAUGCCACUAAGAGAAGGAAACUGAACAUCUAGUAACUGUUUUAACGUCAUAAAGGCUGAAAAUUUUAAAUUAAAAACAUAUAUAGUGUUUGUAUAGGCGUA